AUGGAUCUGUCGAUUGAAGAAUGCAGCGAUGAUGACAUGCUUCGUACUUUCGAGAUCAUUUCAGCUGCCUUCUGCCACGAACACCCCUAUAUCGAAGCUGUUUUUCCCUCUCAUGAUUCGUCAAUGGGUCGUGUUGCCGGCGGAGCGCGGAUGCUUGCCAUCAAGCGGACAGACCCUCACACUAUUUUCAUCAAGGCUGUUGACAAGGCCACAGGACUGAUGAUCGGGCAGGCCAAAUGGAACAUAUAUGAUGGCGUCGUGCCAGCAGAGGUCGAAUUAGAAGGAAACUUCUGGGACACCGCAGACGAGAAAGAAUUCGCGCAGCAUCUGUAUCGCGAAUAUCUCGUACCGAGGCGGACAGCGGUUAGAGAGCUCGGAGGGAAAGUGAUCUCCCUGGAUAUUUUGACUGUGGACCCAGAGUAUCAGAAGCGUGGGGCGGGUCGCUUGCUUGUGAGAUGGGGAACGGCUCUUGCUGACAAAACAGGGGUGGAGACCGUCGUUGAAGCUAGUGAAUAUGGGUUGGAAUUAUACCGGUCCGAGGGGUUCGAGGUGAAACGCCGCUACGAAAUCUGCCUACCAGAGAAAUGGGCGGAAAGGGACACGCAGAGAUUCAUUUGGAUGGUUCGGCCGGCGAAGAAGAUAGAUCAAGGGGCUCAAUGCUAA